AUGGGCUCUACGUGCGGCCCCGCCGGCGCUUCUGGGGGCCCGCCCGUGGCCGACCCUCGGCCCCCGGGGAGCUCGGGUUUCCCGCGCCGGGUGCGACCCUGCCCUGUGCUGGGGGUGUGGACGCGCUCCUGCUUUCUGACGGGGUGCGGGCCGGAGGUGCUGCAGGUGCACGGCCCCUCCCCCUCCCCCGCCGGCCCCGCCAGCCUGCCCCGGGUCAGUGCUCGCCCGCCCCUCCUCGGCCCCGGGCACCCGAACUCUCCAACCAGGAGUGGGAGCAGGAGGCGCUGUUCUGCCCGGGAAGGUCAUUAUUGUAGGAGAACCAGCGCUUCGCUACAAAAAAGAGACGCAAAAUUUACGAGACGGCCCCCUCGGAGCGCGGAGGGCGACAUCUGGCUGCGCAUUCUGCGGCGGGCUGGGAGGGGGUCCCUUCACCCGAAGACAAAGGCGUCCCUGGGCCCGCGAGGCCGCAGCGGCGGGGGGUCCUGUCGCUCCUCCUCCGGGCGGGCGCGGGAGGCGGCGGCCUGCAGGUGCGCCCCCCGCCCCCCAAGGCAGGCCGGCCUCUCCCUCCUCCGGGCUCUCUUCCCUCCCUCCCUCCCUCUGCUCCAGCCCCUCGGCGGAGCGGCGAGAAAAGGCUUCGGGAGAAUUUCCAUUAAGUCGGCUCUGCUUCAGAAUCUGAGCGGCUGCGACCCCCGCCCCUUCCGCGGAGACAACUUCUCCCGGGUUCUAAAGGCCCGCGGGGACCCGGAAUCUCCAGCACAGGACCUUGCUCCGUCUCUCCUGCGGUCCGGUGCCCACGCGGCCGAGCGCUCGGAUCCCCGCCCCCCGUCCGUGGCCGGCCGGCUCCCGCCUCGGGCCUGCCCAGGUGCCCAGGGCGGGGAUCCGCACAAAAGCCGCAGGGACCCGCAGCUUCAGCACGUACACCCACCAGCACCACAUGUGACCCGGCCCCAGCUGAUGGAGAGUGAGGAUGAGGCCCCCGGCCAGCCCUGGGCCUGCAGGAAGGGGAAUGGGCUGAGUGACAGAGCCAAGCAGGUGCUGUCCUGGCAGGGGUGGAGGGCUGGGGAGGCAAACCUCUGUAAAUUGGCUCCCAGCCUCAAUGCUCUCUACCCACACUGGGAAUCCCACUCAGCUGCCCAAACUGCAUUGCUAUACAAUUGACACCUGCUCACCCAGCUCUCAGAAGAGAAGCCAGAGUCCUCCUAGGAGCCCACAGCCCCACGCCAUCUGACCACCUCCCUGCUCUGGCUGUUCUGCAGUCGCUGGAAUACACUCAGUCCUGUACUCACCCCAGGGCCUUUGCACCAUCUAUGUCUCUGGGGACCUCUCUUUUUCAUCUAGGUGCCCCAUGUCCUCCUUCAAAUCUUUGUUGUCAAAGAUUGCUCAAAUGUUGUCUUCUCAGAGGGACCUCCUCUGGCCCCUCUGUAAACUGGCAACCCCCUCCCAGCUUUUUCUCCAUAGCUCACACGCCCUCUGACAUUCUCCAGUUUCCUGGUUGUUAAGUCUGUUUCCCUCUACUAGGUUUCGAGUUCUUUCUGCCCACUGUGUUUCUAGCUGUGUCCUGCAUGCUUCCCACGAGGCCCUCCCUAAGUAUUGGUUGACAAUAAAGUAGUGAAUAUAAAUCCACUAUAAAUCCGCAGACCACCUUUCCGAUCAAGGUCAACCCUUCUCCCACCCCACCCCAAAACCCGUGCACGGCAACAAACUGGGCCACUGUGUAUAACAUUCUCAACACGUCAGAGGGUCUUUAUUUAAUCAGUGGAGAAAAACAGCACACCCCACUGUGGCUCCAGACAAGAUGAAAAAGUGCUCCAGCCCCCCCCCGCCCCAAAUCAGACACGCAUGUCCAAAUAACCAGGAAGGGUCACUUCUCACCUACCAGACUGGUACACUUUACAGGGUGGUCGUGGCUGGUGUUGGGCGUGCAGGGGAACGGUGCCUGUGGUGGGAGGGCGGGCAGUGGCCCCGCAGGGCCCUUGCAGGUUCAUACUGAAGAGGUAUAGCCAGCGAGGACCCUCCAGGCUCCUUGGAUGCUGAAACCCAGGUGUAGGUCAGAGGGGUGUUCGGUGCACUGUGACUGCACAGGAGUUGGCCCCAGGGUAGCUGGUGAGACCUUCGCCCUGCCGGCUGGCCCCUCAUUCCUUCUCCGUCUUUUUCCCCAUGCAGCUUGUGUUGGAUGCUCCGAGACACCAGCUGGGAGGAGAGCCACCUCUCUGGCCGGUGGGUUGGCAAGUCGGGGUGGUAGCGCCCCUCACGAUCUCCGUGGAGGGGCUCACGGCCACCAUGCGACUGGCGGGAGGCAGCCAGGACAGCCCCAGAAAUACUUAUUAAAGGGCCAAUAAAUCACAGCUCUGUCCACCUCC